AUGGCCAUUCUGCUGGUAGCAAUCACCUUGGCGCUACCAGCUGCCUCCCUCGCCGCCGGGAUUGGUCCUUCGGCACCUCGACCCGACUUUCCCGACCAACGUCCUACAUUCUUCGCCCUUAACACCCCUAAACCUCUCCUGACAAAUGCUUCCCACACCAAUCAUACCAUCAAUUUUCCGCAUACGAAUCACACCACGAACAACACUCAAGUCACCAAAUCUGAUUUGGAGAAUGAAUGCCUUCAUCAACCCCUCACUCCUUCAUUAUGGUCUAAUCUCAGUAUGAAUGCUUAUCUAGACAAUUAUCCCGGAGGCAAAAACUGGACUGUUGAAAAAUAUGCAACUCGGGUGGGUGCAACUGACUUUGUUUGUGGCAUUGGAAAAGUAUGCAGUCCAGGUCAGAUUUGCGAGUCUGUCAGGGGACGAGACUGGUAUGCGCUAGUAGCAGUCGAGAAUUGGAAUAAUUUUGUAAAUAGUGUAUACGAGGCAGCUGGUGAUGCAUUCAAUGAGGUUUCAGCUGUACUUCCUACAAUGUCUGAUCAUAGAUGGAUUUCUCUUGUAACAGCUGAUAGACAUGGAAAAAGAUCCUACUCGUACACCUCGGCACAUAUCUGCAUGGGUGGGGUUAAAGAUUCCAUCUGGCUUUCAUGGGGUACCCUCUCCUGGUUGGGUAUUGUCAUGUCGCUCUAUCAAAUCUCAGCCUUCAGUUGGGUUAACACUCUGCUCAUCGUGGGCAAUGGCGAGAACCGAUUUGGAAGAUCCUCUGACGUGACGUGGAUGCUUGGAGAAGCCCAGCACGCGGUUCAAGAGACUAUCUCUAAUAUAACUCAAAAAGUCAUCACAUCAGGAAUCAGUACCCCGGAAGGACUCUCGAGUAUCAACCGAGAUGGAUUGUUCUUGACUGGUUUACCUGUUAUCGAUCAAAAUGCCGUCCAGAAAGAGUUCGAGAGAAGUCUCAAGCUUAAGACGUUGAUCAAGCUUUGGAGGAUCCAAAAUGCCUUUAUCGUCCGCGGUAGUGAGCCUUGCACAUACAGCGGACCAAAUGGAGCGAUGAAUGAUCCAGAUAUAAUCUCUUACUGUGGCGAAGACGGAGUACUGGGUGAUAGGAUGAUGAACAUUGCCAGAGCUGAACUGCAAGGAGAUGGUUUUGAUCCUACAAUUUACCAUGCUGAUCUAGUGGAAUACAAGUACGGCUUCACGGCUGAAUUUCUUACCACAAGCUCAUGGGAGUGUCAGACAACUCAUCAUACGUUUGAGUACGACCCAUACACAAAUCAAACUGAAAGCUCUUAUAUCAACCCUCGUCGACCAGAUGAUUGUUUGGUCAAUCUACCUGUGUGCGAUUGCACAAACCCCGACGUUGUUGCAGCUCGCAAGAAAGGUCAAUCACUAACCAAGGCGUGUCGUAAUAUUGCUGGGCUACCAAUCUAG